GUAAGCGUCUCGUUGAUUUCGUUCUCCUUUUCAUCCUCCGUUUCCCCCUCGGCUGUCUGACCUGGGAUCUCUGCCAAUCGAUCGAGCUGAAGUGGAUUGCUAGAUCUAAAGUUCCCAACAAGAAUUCGUUCGAGGAAUUCGCAGGAGAUCUCUGCCCCCCCUCUCCGCGAAUUCGAUGCGGAUCUAAGAGAGAUGAUAAUGAAAAUUCGACUUACAUUAAGAUCCUGGUUUCAAAUAUGGAUGCUGGUUGUAUAAUUGGAAGGGGUGGCUCAACUAUUACAGAAUUUCAGGCACUGUCUGGAGCUCGUAUUCAGCUCUCACGCAACAACGAGUUCUUUCCAGGAACAUCGGAGAGAAUAAUCAUGGUCUCUGGUAUUAUUGAUGAUGUUAUGAAGGCAACUGAACUCAUCCUUGAGAAAUUAUUGAAUGAGGCAGGGGAAACUAGUGAUGCUGAGAUUAUAUCAAAAGUGAGGCUUGUUGUUCCUAACAACUCGUGUGGUGGGAUAAUUGGGAAAGGAGGAUCGAUCAUUAAGUCAUUUAUUGAAGAAUCACACGCUGGGAUCAAAAUAUCACCUCAGGAUAGUAACUUUUUUGGACUGAAUGAUAGACUAGUCACAAUAACAGGGACUUUAGAGGAAUGUAUGUAUGCAAUUGAUCUAAUCAUGUCAAAGUUAAUGGAAGACGCUCAUUAUUCAUUGUCGGCAGCUAGUCUAUAUCCCUAUGCAGGCCUUAUCCUUAAUGGAGGUCAUGGUACUCCGUUGGGCUAUACUGUUCGUUCAGUGCCAUACAGCAGAGCGAAUUAUGUGCCUAAUGGUGUUGGAAAGUACCGUAGCAAUAAGGGCAUGAUGCCACCUCUGAUUUCGACAAGGUCAUCUCCUGGGGGUUCUGAAGGCGAAGGAAUUUCUGUGACAAUUGGUGUCGCAGAUGAACAUAUAGGUUUUGUUCUAGGUCGAGGGGGGAGAACUAUUAUGGAGAUUAUUCAGGUUUGUAUUGUGAUUACAGGUUUUCAGUCUGCUCUCGUAUACGAUAUAGUCUAAAGCUUCAACAGAUUUGACUAGAAGAAUUUGUGAGAUAUGUAACUAUAGACAUAUGCAAUGCUUUAUCUAAUAAAGAGUUUUUACAUGAAAACUGCCUUAAGUUUUAUCCAAAUUGAUACUUACUACCUUCCUCUUUUGUUUUUUAAUCAAAACCACUGUACUUGCAUACAUGUUUGCAAUGUCAUGCCAAAUCGAUUUUUCAGCUCAAAAAAGACACGAACUUCUAA